CUAACGUGCAGAUAAAAAGAAAGUGUUGAUAGAGAAUAAAAGCCAGUAACAAUUAUUUUUUAUGGCGCACUUUAAACACGUUGAUUUCGUUUUCAAUCUGUGUGUCGUGUCUUAAGAAAUACUACAGAUCUUACUUGCAACACGAUCACCCAGUUAACCCGAAAUUGUGCGACAUACAAACGUGAAAGAUCAUUGAGUUAAAUUGUAGUUAACCAAUUGAAUCGUAACCUUGAUUUUACGACCUUUAAUUAUUCAAAAUCAUGAAGUCCAAAAUAAUAGACGCGGAAAAUCUGGAUUCACCACCGCUGUUGGUGAUAAAUAGAGAAGGGGUUAGAAAAUAUUGGGGAAAGUCGGAGUCCGAUGUAUGUGAAAUUGUUAAAGAUCUUCAAGAAUGGAUUAAGGAACAAAAUUUCCCGGAAAUGCCAACGAAUCAUAUGAUAGAAUUUUUUCUUACCAACUGCAAAUAUAAAAUUGAUGCUACUAAAGAUGUUCUCAAUACAUAUUACACAAUAAGAAAACAAGUACCUGAAAUAUAUGAAGAUUCUAAUCCCCGACUAGCAGAAAUGGGAAACUCUUGGAAUAUGGGGUGUUAUUGUCCAUUACCACAAUUGACAGAUGACUUGUGCAGAAUAUCUAUUGUCAAACUUACCUCAAAUACAUCAAAUUUUGUAGCUUCUUCAUAUUUUGCCAAUAUAAUGAAUAUUUAUGAACUACGAAUAUACGAAGAUUUAUGCCUUAGCGAAAUUAUUAUUUGCGACUAUAGUGCUUUAAGUUGGGGACAUGUUUUUAAAAUGGAUAUUUUUACUGUUCGAAAAAUGGCACAUAUAAUGAAUUCACUUAAAAAUAGAGUAAAGCAGUUACAUAUCGUGGAUUCCCCGUCUUGUAUAAACAUAAUUAUAUCAUUAGCCAAAAAAUUACUUAAUAAGAAGAUAGCAGAUAGGAUUGUGGUACAUAAAUCGUAUGAUAGUCUUUAUGAGCAUGUUCCAAAAGACUUACUUCCCAGUGAUUAUGGUGGCAAAGGAAGGCCCUUAGAAGAAACCAUUGACAUGUGGAAAGAAAAGGUAAAGCAAUAUCAGGAAAGGUUUGACACCUUAGAGGCAUGGAGCAAAUAGGACUGAACAAGGAUCUCACCUUUUUAUAUAAAUAUUUGUUCAUUUUUAUAUUUUUAUAAAAUGAGUGGUAUAUAUUAUACUAUUUAUUUAUUUCUAUUAUAUUUUUAAUAAAGAAGACAUUAUAAUUA